AUGAGAAGGUUACGAAUUCUGGAGCAUUCGUAUGAGGACUCUACUCAAAUCUCAAGACUUAUGAGAGUUCGUGCAAAUCCCGACGACGAAGGCAGAUUGCGGGAGAACAGGAAGAAGGAUUCCAAGGCAUGGUCUAUUUCACAAAAGGAGUUUCAAGGCAAUUCGAAGGUCCUCGUAGUGAGAUUGCAAUCACUCAGGCGUGACUUUGAGACCUUGAUGGUGAAGAAUGGAGAAUGGAUCGCUGAUUUUUUGUCAAGAGCAAUGACAAUAGUCAGUCAAAUGCGGUCCUACGACGAGAUGAUUACCGACCAGAUCAUUGUUGAAAAGGUAGCUCCCAAAUUUGGAAAAAAUGAUCAUUUAAUGAAUCGAGGCUGCGGAAGAGGAGGAUUUCGUUGUCGAGGUCGUGGUUUCGGAAGAGGUAGAGUAAGAUUCGAACGACAAAGGCAGUCCUACGAGCAAACAAGUAACAAGAAUGGAGUUCGAUGUUACCACUGCAAAAGCUAUGGUCACAUAAAGGCAGACGGUUGGUACAAUGAUCAGAGAACCAAUUUUGCUGCAAAUAAUGAAGUAUCGACGAAUGCUGGAAGUAGUACGCUUUUUAUGGCUCAUGUAGAAACUAAUCAAAAGCUAAGUGAUGUUUGGUUUGUAGAUAGUGGUUGCUCAAAUCAUAUGACAAGCACAAAAUCCAUCUUCAGAGAACUUGAUGAGGCAGAAAAGAUGAAGGUGCAACUUAGAAACUGCAAAGAUCUACAAGUUGAAGGCAAAGGUAUGAUGGCUAUUGAAACUAUCCAUAGUAAACUCAAGCUCCUUCAUAAUGUUCAAUUUGGACCCGAUUUAGGAUACAAUUUAUUGAGUGUUGCACAACUAAUGGCUAGUGGAUAUUCCAUAAUAUUUGAUGAUGGUGCCUGUGUGAUCAAAGAUAAGCAGACAGGUCAAGAGAUGGUCUAG